CUCGCGUAAAUAGUGACCCGUCGGCUCCACUCUCCUCCUCACGUAACUCGCACACAAACCAUCCUGAAACCCUACACGUAGUACAGGAGAUUACAGGCGUGCAGAGCCAUGGGAGCUGUUGCGUCGUCGGCAAGCCUGGUGGGCAGCAGGCAGCGGGCCGGUGCGAGGGUUGUCGUCAUCGGGGAUCCCGGCACUGGCAAGUCUAGCCUCAUCGUCUCUGCUGCCCAAGAGCAGUUCCACAAGCAUGUCGCACGGGUCGUGCCGCCCACCCGCCUCCCCGCCAACCGCUUCCCCAUCCCCAACCGCAUCCCCAUCACGGGUUGUUCUUUACGCGUGCAUUUUUUUCGUUGAUUCGUGUGGAUUUCACCGCCGAGUCCCCCUGCCCUCUAUGGAUUCAGCCCGGAGCGCAACAAGGAGAUGAUCGUCGAGUGCCAGACGGCGGAUGUGGUGGUGCUCACCUAUGCCUGCGACAGUCCGGUCACGCUCAAGCGGAUCACCACGUUUUGGCUCCCCAAGCUCCGACGCCUCCAGGCACCUCUCAUUCUCGUGGGAUGUAAACUGGAUCUUAGGGACGAGCAGCAGCAGGUCAGUCUUGAGCAGGUGAUGGCGCCCAUCAUGCGUAGAUUCAGAGAGAUUGAGAUAGGCAUUGAGUGCUCCGCACUUCGCCAGAUCCAGGUGACUGAGAUAUUCUACUAUGCCCAAGAGACCGUGAUUCACCCAGUAGACCCUAUAUUUGAUUAUGAGACUCAAUUUCUGAGGCCACGAUGUGUGGCGGCUUUGAAACGAAUAUUUUCCUUAUGUGACCGUGAUAGGGAUGGAGCACUAAGUGACGUGGAGUUCAACAAGUUUCAGGUCAAAUGCUUUAAGUCUCCUCUUCAGCCUGCUGAAAUUGCAAGCGUGAAGAGAGUGAUUUGGAAGCAUAUGCCUGAAGGAGUGAACGACAAUGGCCUUAUUACCUUCAUCGGAUUCCUCUACAUUCAUGCUCUCCUUAUAGAGAAAGGACGGUUAGAAACUACAUGGACCGUCCUUAGAAAGUUUGGUUAUGACCAUGAAUUACUUCCUUCUAGAUAUGGAUUUUCUUGGUGGCUAAGGGCAUUAACCUUUCGAGGCUAUUGGUGACCAGCUUCCAGCUGGGCAUAUUAUUUAGGCCAGGCAUCUAGCUAACUUGUAGCAUUAUUCGUAUUGGUGGUAUUUCUUCAGCUAUAUGUAAACGGAUUAUUAUUUUUAUUCCAAUGUUUGUUUCACUCCACUGUAGAAUGUGCUCAUAGCUACUUACGGCCUACUUAAUUGCAAUAAUGGUAAAUUUUAAUACGAAGUUGAUCUCGGACCCUAGCGAUGAUUAUUUCAAUGGCAUGCGAGUAUGUGACCACUGAGAUUUUGCCGAACCUUUUCUUGUAAUAGAUGUCUU